CGUUGCGAGUUCUUCGGAGCGCCAAGAAUCAUGAGGACCCGAACACAGGAGACGGCCACCUCGUGGGAGCCGGGACCAGAGGCGUAUCUGGUACCAGUAGCCAAGAUGUCACUCUAAUCCCUUCAUAAUGUUCCGAUAGAAAAUUGCAGAUAGCUUUCAUUAGAAGCAAGAACAACCAUGUCCGCUGUGAAACCCAAUCGUCUGUUGCGAUUUGUCAACCAAGUCAACAACUCGUCGGUUCUCCCAGCUUCCUUCAAGGGUCCCAUUCUCUCUCUGGCGUUCAAUUCCAACAUUAAAUAUGCGGGCACAACGGGAAUUGCCAUUCGUCAAUGGGACGAGUCUCAAGUGGUGGUGGAAUUGAAGAAUCGCUGGCGCGUGCAGAAUCACUUGCAGGGAAUUCAUGCCACGGCCAUGGCCACCUUGGCAGAAUCCGCCACGGGAAUGUGUUUUGGCGUGCAUGUCCCCGACAGCCAUUUGCCCGUCUUGAAGAGCAUGCAGGUGAAUUUUGUCAAGCGAGCUCAAGGGGAUCUCAAAGCCGUGGCGCACAUUACCGAAGAGCAAAAAGAACAGAUUCGGACCACCGACAAGGGAGCUGCCGUUAUUCAAGUACAGGUCACGGACGAAAAUGGAAAUGAACCCAUUCACUGUCAAAUGGAAUGGGCGUGGACUACCAAAAGGAGACCUGCCAAACCGCAAUCAAAUACCAAGAGUGAGAAGAAGGAAGGUGGAGAAUUGGAGGAAGAACGACGAGCAGCGUGAGCAAAACACCAACUAGACAAUCUACUUGUAUGGUAGAACCAGGGAGGAAUCGAGUUAUUCAAUCUAUUUUUGGUUCCGAUAUGGGGGCCUGAUGAAUGGAUAAUCGGAGGAUUAGACACAGAUCCCUUUUCCAAACCACCAGAGAGUGGCAACAAAGAAAACAAAGAAAUCCC